AUGUCUGAUUUGAAAGAGCUUUUAAAGCUACCUCAUAAAGCUGACAUUGGCAAAGUGGCCGAAAAUCAGCGUGUUCCGUCACCAAGUGACGGACAGAUACAAAUCCUCGAUGAACUGCGCGAGAGAAGAGAUCGACGUGCUGAAGUCCGCGAAGCGAUUGAUCAAGAAGCAACAAGGGUCAAGCAAGCAUAUGCUGAAGGAGUUGACUCCUCCACAGACCUUCUCGACACCAUGUUGGGCGGAGCAGCGGAUAUACUCGCACAAAUGGAAAGCUAG